GCUUUGUGCUGCAGGACUGUGAUUUUUGGCACGCAGUGUCACAUACCAAAUUCCCAAAAUAAAAUGCUACAUGAUAUUCUAAGAGCGCCUCAGAAGCUUUAAAAAGGGAUUUGUCCACCGAGUGGGUAUCUCUUCUGGUGAAGCCAAAUGAUGCAGCAGGAAUGGUUUAAGAGGCGAAAACUUUAAACAGCAGAUAAUUGGUCAUUUUAAAUAAGCACGAGGAGAAAAAAAGGAAACCUUCCAUCAGUUUUAUGUUCAUAAAAGUUGUCAGCUAUCCUGCUUUGAUUGUAAAGAGUUUACAGCUAUAUGUUUGAAUAGCUAAAACAUCUGUUCAGCAACAUUGUGAAAUCGUCGUUUUCGGAGCCCUUGAUAAGGGGGACCUGCUGAGUGAUUGGCUCAUACCGGCUCUACAGGCAGCAAGGGCUGUACACUCAGUGGUCACCACUCGCCUUUCCUCCUCCUGGUCAGAGGAAAACGUAGGAGACAGCUACUAUUUUACACGCAAUUUUCCUUUGAGAGGCAGAGAGCAGGAAGUGCCUAGGAAAUGGUUCACGACAGAAACCUGGAGCUGUAAAUAGGAGAGAGGAGGAGGAGAGCUCAUGGGUGCAGUUUGUGAAAGCUGAAAUACUGAUACUACAGCAGCAGAGGAAACCCAGACUUCUGUAAGAGCAAGCACAUCCUAGGCCAUCCCAAUGGAAGGAGAGACGGUACCUGAGUCCAGCAGAGCAGCCAGCAAAGCCACGCGAAUUGCUCUUGGGAUCUUUGUGAGUGGCACUGUUGUGCUUGGCACUGCACUUUUCUUGGUUAGCCAAGGUAUUAUAAAGUUUCAGCCAAAGCAACAGUACUGUUUGACCGCAGAAUGCAUUGAAGCUGCUGCUGGCAUCCUAAGCAAGAUAAAUCAAUCUGUAGAUCCGUGUGAGAAUUUUUAUCGAUUUGCAUGUGAUGGCUGGAUAUAUAAUCACCCUAUUCCUGAAGACAUGUCAAACUAUGGUGUUUAUCCUUGGCUGAGACACAAUGUAGACCUCAAACUAAAGGCAUUGCUUGAGAAACCCAUCAGCAAAAGGCGAGACAGUGAAGCUGUGCAGAAGGCCAAGAUCCUUUAUGCAUCCUGCAUGAAUGAGAAUAAAAUUGAAAAAGCUGACGUGAAACCCCUGUUAAGUAUACUGAGACACUCACCUUUCCAGUGGCCUGUGCUGGAAUCCAACAUUGGACCUGAAGGGCUAUGGUCAGAAAGGAGGUUUAGCUUAGUCCAAGCCUUGGCAACUCUUCGUGGUCAACACAGUAACUCUGUCUUCAUCCGUUUAUAUGUGGCUGCUGAUGACAAAAUCUCCAAUCGUUAUAUCCUGAAGCUCGACCAAGCAAGCCUCUCUCUUGCAUCUCGAGAGGAUUACCUGGAGAACACCACAGAAGCCAAAUCUUAUCGAGAUGCCUUUUUGCAGUUCAUGGUUGAUACAGCAGUGCUUCUGGGAGCAAAUGCUUCACGAGCUGAGUCUGAUAUGAAAUCGGUUCUAAGACUAGAAGUUAAAAUAGCUGAGAUCAUGAUUCCAUACGAAAAUCGAACAAGUGAGGUGAUGUACAAUAAAAUGAACAUAUCGGAGCUUAGUGCCAUGAUUCCACAGUUUGACUGGCUGGGAUACAUCAAGAAGGUGAUUGACACCAGACUCUAUCCUGAGCUCAAAGAUAUAGGUCCUUCAGAAAAUGUGAUUGUCCGUGUUCCCCAGUACUUCAAAGAUUUAUUCAGGAUAUUAGAAAAUGAAAGGAAAAAGACUCUUGCUAACUAUCUGGUGUGGAGGAUGGUUUAUUCAAGGUUAUUUAACCUCAGCAGACGUUUUCAGUACCGGUGGCUGGAAUUUUCUCGGGUGAUCCAUGGAACCACAACUUUGCUGCCCCAGUGGGAUAAAUGUGUGGACCUUGUUGAAAAUGCUCUCCCUUAUGUUGUGGGUAAGAUGUUUGUGAAUGCCCAUUUCCAAGAAGACAAGAAAGAGAUGAUGGAGGAGUUGACUGAAGGAAUUCGCUGGGCUUUUAUUGACAUGUUGGAGAAGGAAAAUGACUGGAUGGACUCUGAAACAAAGAGAAAAGCUUAUGAGAAGGCAAAGGCAGUUAUGGCAAAAGUUGGUUACCCUCAGUUUAUAAUGAAUGAAACAUAUAUUAAUGAAGACAUCAAAACACUGAAGUUUACAGAAAGUGACUAUUUUGGCAAUGUGUUGCAAACUCGCAAAUAUGCAGCUCAAUCUGAUUUCUACUGGCUGAGAAAAGAAGUUCCAAAAACAGAGUGGUUUACAAGCCCAACUACUGUAAAUGCUUUUUAUAGUGCAUCUACCAACCAAAUCAGAUUCCCAGCAGGAGAACUUCAAAAGCCUUUCUUUUGGGGAACAGAGUAUCCUAGGUCAUUAAGCUACGGUGCCAUAGGAGUAAUUGUUGGCCAUGAGUUCACUCAUGGAUUUGAUAGCAACGGUCGUAAAUAUGACAAAAAUGGAAAUUUAGACCCGUGGUGGACAACUGACUCUGAAGAAAAAUUUAAAGAGAAAACAAAAUGCAUGAUUAAUCAGUACACUAAUUACUACUGGAAGAGAGCUGGCUUACAUGUGAAAGGCAAGAGGACUUUGGCAGAAAACAUUGCAGAUAAUGGAGGUUUGCGAGAGGCUUUCAGGGCAUACAGGAGAUGGAUUACAGAAAAGAGGGGAGGAGAAGAAGAGCCUUUACUGCCAGGCCUUGAGUUCACACACAACCAGCUUUUCUUUCUGAGUUAUGCCCAUGUAAGAUGCAACUCGUUUAGACCAGAAUCUGCAAGAGAGCAAAUAUAUACUGGAGCUCACAGCCCUCCUGAGUUCAGAGUUAUCGGUGCCAUGAGCAAUUUUGAAGAGUUCCGUAAAGCUUUCAAUUGCCCAAUAAAUACCACAAUGAACCGAGGGGCAGGAUCCUGCCGGCUGUGGUAGACGUCCAUUCCAGGUCUUCUGUCAAGAGGGGUCUGCAAUGUGAAUCGCUGCACCUGAGCUCAAGCCUGCUGCUAGAGUUUCAGAAUAACAUUUUGCAACCUGGAGAGCUGUUACUUCAAAUGCAUCACCUUAUCUAUGCUCAUUACCUGCAUGGAUCUAAUCACUCUCUAUUCAAAGCCUAGAAACACUCAAAAUGGAAGAGGAUAGGUUUUCUUUUUUAUCCAUAAAACUACUCCCACUCAUCUUCAGUUGCACUGCUGUUGGUGGGUAACUGCCAUUAUCAAUUCUAAUUCCUGAUUUAUAGCUGGGCCAAAGGUAAAUGCUAAAAUCCACUUUUAAUCUAUUGCUCUGCAGGGGUGCUAUGCAGAAUGCUCCCACACAAAAUUUAUUCUUUCUGGAUGAAGGAAUUCAUGAGACCUGCUAUAAAGCAGCUCUGAUCUACUGUGUGAUACAGCAUUUUCAUAACUUAAACCGUCACUGCCCAGCAUGCCAUAAAUGAUGUUGCAUGAUGUAAAGGCACACAAGACUUUAUAUAAAUUAGAUUUAAUAUGUCAGAUUAGUGCCUUAGGUUUUGGAACAGUUUCAAACUGAGAAAGCACCUCACGGUUUCCAUCUGCUAAGACUAAACAGAAAGCAUACUUGUCCGAUCAUAGCCUCUUCUAAUUUUAGAACAGCUUAUGAUAAAAAACAAUGUAUGGUGAAAAUCAGAGGCUUGCAGAGGGAAUUCCCAGCACCAUGAUACUUAGAAACAUUACAGCACUUAUUCCUAUUUACAGUGUGGGCAGUUUUUUCCUAAGGAAUGAUUUUUACCUUGUGCUGAAGGUAGCUUCACCUACAUUAAUUUUUAAGCCUGAAAUACUAUACCAGUUUUAAUCUAGGAAUUUCUUAGUGUCUGGGUCUUACAGAGGAAUGUUAGUAGUGUGCAUGUUUGUCCUCGUGUUGUAGACAGGGCAGGAUGGCUUUUGAUUUUAAUGAAAGAAUAUCUGCCUGAAAAGCAGGGCCAGCAGCAUUCAACUUGUCUGAAUAAAAAAAGUUCCGUUCAGAAGCAGAGAACUUUUAAAUAAAAUAUACAUGCAGGCCAGUUGAGUUUUAAAUUUGAUUUCUAACAAUAUUCAUUAAAAAAACCCAAACAUUUUAUUGCAGCAGAAGGACUUUAACACAUAACUAUUACUAAACAGGGAGGGAAACCAAAACCAGCCUUUUCUUCCCUAUCAAAAAGAUACGUAUUUAACUGCUAUUUAUUUAUACCUUGUGCAUUAAUUCAUUUUUACAUGGUAGAAUUGUUUGAAAUUGAGAGUUUCUUUAGACUAAUUAUUGCAAAUCUAUGUAUCUUAUAUAUAUACAUUUAUAGAUAUAUACAAAAAAUUAUAAAUUCUUCUAUUUGCUAAAAUUUUAUUCUAAUAAUAUAGAUAGCAAGUUAACAAGAUAAACACUUUUUUUACAAGGAUUGAUUAAAUAUUGUCCAACUGUCAAGGUGGAGGAAGGUUCAACUGAAGCCAAGUUUUUGCAUAUGGGAUUAGUUUCCUCUGUUUCUUUAUAAAGUAGGGUGUCAUCAUGGAACCAUAAUUUAUGGAAAGAUAUAGGCCCUCAAGCUACCCUUCAGAGAGAAGGAAGGAGACAUUUCUGAACUCAAGGUACUGUUGUCACUUCUUAGUAACGAAGUAUUAUGUCUUACGGUACCAGGACUUUCUUUUUUCAAUUUUUCCCUGAAAAAGUCAGUCUUGAGAGGAAAAGCACUUUUCCUUCCUCUAAGACAGCUCUGUUCCUGAAUUCCAUCGAUUACACUUUGUCAUUUGAAUAGCCACUAGUAAAUUUUUUUCCUGGAGGUACUUUUCACAUAAACUUUGAUGGCAGUAUUUUAUAGAGACUUUCCUAAAACAAGGAAAUGGGUCUUGAGCAAAAUGAUACAAUUCUCUUAUUAAUGGGAAAGUUCCUUAGCACUGACAGGACUUAUGUUGGUUGCUUUGGAUCAACAGCCCAAAGUGCAGCAGUGACAGUGUGGCCCCAUUAAAGGUACUACCAAUACGGUCAUUGUCCUCAGAAAAGUCAGGACAUCAACCCAAACACUUAUCUAAACUUUCUAAACUAAUGGACUAUGCAAAGCCAGUUUCACAACAGUCAGCUUUAAGUUUUCUAUUUUUAUCUCUCAGAUCAGAGAUGUAUUUCCAAGAAUUCCUCUCUCACGACUAUUUUCCAGUGAGAGAGAGUCUUUAAUUUUGUGGUUUACAGGGUUGUUUCUCUGUGCUGGAUAGCAAUUUCUUUCGAAAAUGCCUCAUGUUUGCUGCCUUAAAUGUCACUCUUGCUAGGCUUCUUUUAUGUUCAAUACCAAGGGGUUUUGAACUGUGGUAUGCAUAUUCACAACAGCACAGCACCUCAGCAAAACUGUCUCAUCCUUGCUAGGGCAGCUGCUGCAGCAGGCAGGGGUCCUGGUCCCAGGCUGGGGGAAUAACCAGGGGAUGGAGGGUUUGGGGGAAAUGCACUAUGAGGGAGGAAGAGAGGGCAUGACCACAUUUUGCACCCUGAUUUUAGCCAUUGAGAGGGGCCUACACUCUGUCAAGAAAGCCAGAAGUCCUUGCUGACUGGCACAUCGGUCCCAGUUUUUGGAAUCCUUGCCGUUGACUCAGGUUUUUGGUGCCUUGGGCUUCAGUCUUGCAUAUGUCCAUGCAAAGAUUCUAGCCUGCCUCAUCUGCCUUCUUUUUACCUCAAAACAAACAGCCACUGAUGCAAUUCAAAGUUCAUUUUAGAGUCAGAUAUUUAGGUACCAUUUGAAAAGCAAAGCAGAAGGUAAUUAAACACAUUCUUAAAACUUGGUCACCAAAGAUAGCCAAAAUACAGUGAUGGUUUCUGGGGGCUCUACCCAUUGUCCCUGUUCUGCCUGACUCCCUGCCCUGCUUUAUUUUUGUAUUGUGCCUACUGGGUGUAUGCUAGUAAUGCCUUCCUGUGCUCCCAUCAGGCUCACUUAUUACACCUAUGCAAACAGAGCCUUCAUCAUAUAUAUUCUUCUCCCAGGGCCUUUAAUUUUUUUUUACUUGCCAUGAUAUUGAGAAUUGUUUCUUCCUUUUGGCUCAGAAAUCUUUUGCUCCACUGCUCAGGAGGGUAAGGAUCACCUGAAUGAAACAUUUUUACCUGUGUAAAUUUGAAGAGAUAUUUUCUACUGUGUAGACAUAAAGGAACAAGCUCUUCUCCUGUCCCAUGUCCUCUUAUUUGGGUUCUGAAAAUAUGUAAACCUGUUAUGCUAUGCUACUCCAUGCUAUUCCAUGCUAUGCCUUGCCGUUCCAUACAUCAUAUGCUAUGCCAUGCCAUGCUGUUCUGUUCCCUCUUUUUGUGACCCAACCCU